AGCCACACUAUUUUUGGCUUUUUUGGUGCCGACACUAUUCCAAAUUAAUUUAUUUGUUAUUGUCGCUUCGUUUGGACUUGUUUUGUCAAGUUAGCCGUGAUGUCUAUUUACGCCGACGUUCAAAAAGGACCCGCCAUCGAGGUUUUUGCCUUGACACAGGCUUUCAAGGACGACAGCAAUCCCAACAAGGUCAAUUUGUCGGUGGGCGCUUACAGGACAAAUGCUGGAGUUCCGUGGGUUUUGCCUGUGGUGCGCAAAACUGAAAUCUCUAUUGCCAGCGAUGAGUCUGUAAACCACGAGUAUUUGCCAGUUACUGGUCUAGAUACGUUCACGAGUGCGGCCACGGAAUUGGUGCUGGGUGCUGAUUCCCCUGCCAUUAAGGAGAAUCGCGCCUUUGGAGUUCAGACCAUUUCGGGCACUGGUGCCCUGCGCAUUGCCGCCGACUUUCUGCACUCACAACUGAAUCGCGACGUGGUGUACUAUUCGAAUCCCACAUGGGAGAACCACCACAAAAUCUUCUCCGAUGUAGGUUUCAAGACCCUGAAGUCCUACCGCUACUGGGACCAAAACAAGCGGCAGCUGGACUUCAAGAACAUGGUGGCUGAUCUGAACGAAGCUCCACCUGGCGCUGUUAUCAUUCUGCACGCCUGUGCCCACAACCCCACCGGCAUUGAUCCAACGCAAGAGCAGUGGAAGGAGCUGGCCGACUUGCUGGAGAAGAAGAAGCUCUUCCCGCUGUUCGACUCUGCUUACCAGGGCUUUGCCAGCGGUGAUCCGGAUAAGGAUGCCUGGGCUGUGCGUUACUUUGUGCAGCGUGGCUUUGAGCUCUUCACCUGCCAGUCGUUUGCCAAGAACUUUGGCCUGUACUGCGAGCGUGCCGGAAAUCUGACGGUGGUGCAGCAGCAUGGAGCCACCAAGGCGGCGGUUCACUCCCAGCUGACGCUGCUCAUUCGUGGUCAGUACUCAAAUCCUCCCGCCUACGGUGCCCGCAUCGUUUCAAAGGUCCUGAAUACGCCGGAACUUCGAAAGGAGUGGAUGGAGUCUAUUAAGACCAUGUCGAGUCGCAUUCGCGAAAUGCGCAGUGCGCUAAGGGAAAAGCUGGUAGCAUUGGGAACGCCCGGCAACUGGGACCACAUCGUCAACCAAAUCGGCAUGUUCUCUUAUACUGGCCUGAAUGAGAGCCAGGUGCGCGUCCUAAUCAAUGAAUACCACAUUUACCUGCUGAAGACGGGCCGCAUCAACAUGUGUGGCCUGAACACAGGCAACAUCGAUUACGUGGCUAAAGCCAUUCAUGCUGCAGUAACUGGCGCCACUGGCGCGUGCCCUUGCGACAACAAAUUGUAAACGCCCAAAUAUUAAAACAAUGGAGUUUGUGGCGACUAGCUAAAUUACGAGUGGGCCAGAAAGCUACCCAGCUCUACGUCAGAUCACAGUUGUCUGCACCAUUAGCAUUUAAAUCAAACCUACAGCAAUUGCAAUUACAUACUAAAAGUUUAUAUACGGCUUUUACAUGGAUAUAUAUAUAUUAUACACUUGAAAUGGUUAAAACAGUAUGGAUAUUGUUUACCGCUUUGGAAUGGAUAGUUUACACAAAUUGUGCACGAAGGCCGUCAGAGAUUGGUUAAAUAAUGUUUAGCUUGAUAUCCAAAUUUUUAUUGACUUGUGUGUAGUACUUAGUUACAACGACAAUAACAUUACUAAAGUAUUUAAA